CAAACGCGCGCCGCGAAGCUAGAGAUGUGAUAGCGAACGCGAAAUAGAAAAGAAACUCAGUUGAGUUAGCGUUCCACCGCGACCGGUCGCCUCUCGAAUCGACUGAUCAGUGCAACGAAGGAAGUGCCUUUAGUGGAGUGUCAAAGUGUAUUUUUGGAAGUUUUACGAAACAGGUGCCUAGUAGUGUGUAUAUUUUUAAGUGUUGACUGAAAAUAUAUCGUUUCACUAUGGAAUUAAGAAGAUUGUCCUUAUGCCUGGCGUUCCUGUUGGUCGCUGUUAUCUCACAUAGUUCAGAAGCGAGACACUCUUUGGAGCGACGAGAUGCCGAUGUGGACUUCUUCCAAGAUGACCCGGGCUCCGACAACGAACAAAACGACGAAGGAGACGAUGAGGACGGACCCGUUCCGAAUGCCACCAUCCUCACCAAGCCCGAGGUAUAUAAAGUGCCGAUAGGAGUAGGAGUGCGGUUGGAGUGCAGAAUCGAUAUCCCAGACACGAUGGUUACCUGGUUAAGAGGGGAUAUAGGCCUGGUAGUGCUUGGGACACUAAUGGCUGAUCCGACAAAGUAUCAGAAGAGCGGUACUGACCUCAUCAUCAACAACGUAACGCAGGCAGAUGCUGGUGGUUACCAGUGCAAGGUUGAGCAAACGCCGCCCGUUCAGAUUGAACAUCAGAUCGAGACUGUCCAGUCUGCUCAAAUUACGAGCAUCUCGGCGUCCGACGAGGGCAAACCUGCCCCAGGCGCGGAUCUUACCCUAUCUUGCACUGCCACCGGCAUCCCCGCUCCAAAGAUCAUUUGGUCCAAGUUGGUCAACGGGCAGAACGCAAAGCUCGGUGAAGGCGCCGUCCAUACCAUCAAGAACGUGAGGGUGGAUGAUUCUGGAAGGUACUUCUGCUACGCGAUGGGCAACAACAACGCAGACACGAAGACUAUUGAUGUCUCUGUUAGAAGGAAACCUAAGGUGCAUGUGCACCGCGCCGUUAUCAACUCGGCCAUUGGCGUCGAGGCCCUCAUGAGGUGCAAUGUCCACGAACAAGAACCGGUCUUAAUCAGGUGGUUCAAAGGUGAGCAGGAGAUCGACUCGUCGCAGUACUCCACGCGAGGCACCGAGUCCAACUUCACUGUGACACCGCAGUCGGACGCUGACUUUGGCACCUACACUUGCAGGGCCGAAUGUGACUUCGGCACGCAUCACCGUUCCAUCGAGCUAGUCGAGACCCCUGUUGUGGAGAGGCUAGAAUCCGACGGCAGCAAACUCUCAUGGUCCGUGCACUCGCACCUGCCUCUCAAGAAUAUCGAGAUACAGCUGAUUGAUACUGCCAACGGCACCUUAACGAAGUUCGACGUACCGGUGCCAGACCACAAGACACACGAAUACGACUUUACAUACGUGGUGAAUUCAGUGGAACCUGGACUCUAUGAUGCAGUAGUUAAGGUCGAAAACUCAAAGGGCAUGGGCGAGAACAGCCAAGCGGUCGAACUUAAAGAAGUUGAACAAGACCCUGAAAGUAUCCAGGUAGCGAAAUUGGGCCCAUCGCCCGGCGCGGCGCACGCGCACCUCCCCACGACGGCGCUCAUCUCCACCGUCCUCAUGUACCUGCUCGUACGGAUGCUGUAAACGUAUUAGUCUCUUUAGUAUUCAUGGUUCGUGGUAAACACAUUCGCACCAUUGUUCAAGCUGGGUUAGUUUCCUAAA